UAUGCUUAUUGGUCGACAAAGGCGCGUGUGAAAAUUCGUAUUACAUGUCGAAGAAAAGAAUUUACGAUCAUCCGCGGAGACUAACGUUCUAACCUUACUGCGAUUUGUAAUUUUACAUCAAAUCCCGUCUUUCCCUUUAUUUCAUAAUAUUGGCGAAGGUUUUUCAAGCCUCAAAAAUUUAUCGAUUUUUGUCGUUAAAUUACGUAUAUUAUUUAAUCGUGACAUUACAAUUAAAAUCUAUUGGAAUAUGUCGGCUAGUGAACAACCAGAUUUACGAUUAGGACCUGAUCCUAAUGUUAAUUAUCCUAUUCAAGUACAAUAUUGUGGGAAUUGUUCUCUUCCUAUCGAGUAUUGCGAAUAUUACCCGGAAUAUGAAAAAUGUAAACAAUGGUUAGAAAGAAAUUUACCAACCGAAUUCGAAAAAGUUAAACUAGUAGAGGAUGGUACUACGGAGUCUGGUGGAGGAGAAGAUGAGAAGAAGAGACAGAAACGUGGUGGUAAGGGUAUGCUUAAAACAAAGAAAAAGGAGGAUGUACCUAAGUUAGUUACUGUAUCAAGAGCUCCACGGGGAAAGAAAAAAUCGGUAACUGUCGUAACUGGCCUUAGUACAUUCGACAUAGAUUUGAAGGUUGCAGCAAAAUUUUUUGGUAGUAAAUUUGCUUGUGGAUCAAGCGUAACGGGGGAUGAUGAGAUUGUUAUACAAGGUGAUGUCAAAGAUGAUCUAUUUGAAGUGAUUCCAGAAAAAUGGCCUCAGAUCGAUGAAGAUUCUAUAGAUGACCUAGGAGAUCAAAAGAGAUAAUGGACUAAAUGAAUUUGCAUUCGCACAAAUAUAUUUAAUAUGCUAUUUCCAUUGAUGUUUAUUAUAAAUAAAGUGUAUAUAAAUAACAACAAGAAAA